CCGCCCACCGUCAUGGCCUCCGAGCGGCUCCCGAGCAGGCCCGCCUGCCUGCUGGUGGCCAGUGGAGCCGCCGAGGGGGUGUCAGCCGCCUCCUUCCACCACUGCUUCACGUUGGCCAGCGGUGCCUUCAACCUGCAAGUGGCCACGCCUGGGGGAAAGCCCAUGGACUUCGUGGACGUGAGCGAGAGCCACGCUCGCUGGGUGCAGGACUUCCGCCUCAAGCCCUACGCCAGCCCUGCCAAGCUGGAGUCCAUCGACGGUGCCCGCUAUCAUGCCCUGCUGAUCCCCAGCUGUCCCGGGGCGCUGUCCGAUCUGCUCAGCAGCGGGUCCCUGGCCCGCAUCUUGCAGCAUUUCCGCUCUGCAGGCAAGCCCAUCUGUGCCAUCGGCCAGGGGGUGGCUGCGCUCUGCUGUGCCACCCAUGAAGAUGGGUCGUGGGUGUUCCAGGGUUACAGCGUGACCGGGCCCUCCGUGUACGAGCUGGUGCGGGCACCCGGUUUUGCCGCCCUGCCCUUGGUGGUAGAGGACUUUGUGAAGGACGCGGGUGCUAGCUUCAGUGCCAGUGAGCCGGACGCUGUGCAUGUGGUGCUGGACCGCCACCUGAUCACCGGCCAGAAUGCCCACUCCACAGUGCCUGCCGUGCAGAACCUGCUCUUCCUGUGCAGUGCCCGAUGAGCGACGCAGCCACGCCAUCCCCGUCUGCUCCCAGGUGGUGACAGUGACAUGAAGGGGCUAGUCUCCCCUUGGCUGGCCUGCCCCAGAUCUGCAGACAAGCAGGAGUCUGGGACUCUUACGUCCAGCUAUGGGGCUGCAGAGAGCCCAGGGCCUGCAGGACUGUGUGGGGACCCCAGCUCAGAGACACGCAGAUCCUCCGCUCUAUGCUGCUCCCCAACCCUGGACCUGGCUUUCAGGGGAAGCAAGAAGCUUUGCGGGUGGGGGGUACGGGGUCAGACUGUCACCAGAUGGCACCACAGGGCCCUGGAAUAAAGUGGCAAAGCGAUAAGGAA